GGCGGUGAACCGUUGGGAUCAGGUGGCAUGGAUUGCCUGCAGCUGCGGCAACCAGCUGGCCCAUUUCACUAUCUCAUUAGCGAGCAAGCGAAGUCCUUGGUGGCCCUCCAAGAACUUCAGCAUGAGGUGGGCGCUCUAUUGGAGUUCCGCGACCUCGUCAUGGAGACGUUCCCCAACCUGCGCAGCAAAUUGGCAUCCUCCACGCCAGCCACGAUGACGUCGCACCAUCACAACUCCAACAUACCGGUGUCGAUCAGGCCGGGUGAUUGGACGCCCGGCGUUAGAGUGCGGAAAAAAAUAGGCAGCAAAGAUGAUUCGAGAAAGAAGGGCGGCGAUAUUGCGAUACAAGAUUCCGGGUUUAGUACGGAAACGUCUAGUAAAGAGACGCAUAGCGCCUCUUCGACGGCGCUGGCCACUUCUUCGUCGGCAGCUGGUGUGUCAGAAAACGAUGAUAUAGAAGACGAACUCUGGAACCUGCUGGACAUCAUCCACCGUAAAGGCACGCGGUUAAAAGAUGAAGCCAACGCGCUGCAAGGCACCAUCCGCGACCAGGCCAUCGACAAAAACGACCAUGACGCCAGCUUUCACGGCGUCCUCUUCGCGUCACCUUCCGGUUCCUCGUCCGAUGUGCGCCAGCUCCGACAAGAGAGGGAUCUUUUGUUGGACAGGCUGGCGGAAAUGGAAGCGGAAGUGCUGGCCGGAAGGGUACACACCUCCAGGUUGCAAGAAGAUUUAGAAAACUUGAUGAGUACCAAACAGGAUCUGGAGGAGCAGCUCAAAGCAGUGGUUACACAAAGAGGUGAGGUGAAUUCGCGAAUUCAUGACUUGCACCUUCAGUUUGUGACUAAAAGUGGUACCGGUUCGCCGGAUAGUGAGAAAAAUUUGUUAAGUGAUCGAAGGGAUUCGACAACGGCAGCGACCUCUAGUCAACAACGGACAAGUCAGAAAAGUGUUAGUGAUCUUGACGGUGUACUCAGUGACAAAAUUCCCAAAGUGGCAGUGCUGGACUCCAAAAAAAUUCGCGCAAUACUGAAAGAACAAAAUCCAUUAGUGCUACAGAAACAUUUGUUGACGACCACUGUGAAUAAUCAGGUUCUUCAGGAGCAGCUAAACAAUGUAUCUACUAUAGAGAUUGGACUGAGAGAUAGAUUAAAUAAAUUUAAAGAAGAAAAUGAAGACUUGCGAUUUCAGCUUGAAGAUAGAACAAUAGAAUUGGAAGGCACGAGAGCGCGAAUUCGUCUUCUAGAAGAUCUCCAAAAGCCCCUCAACAAGAGCAGUUCCCCCGACAUCAUUCCCAUGCUGGAUUCGACCCCGCCCGGUCGACCUCCAUCGAGAACGGAAAUUUCAACGCCGAGCAUGAAAGCCAUGAGCCCCUUAAUUUUGAACAGCAUGAAAGCCAUGAACCUGCAAACCGAUCAUUCGAGCAGUACCGAAUCGGCACACGAUCAAAGUACCGAGAAGGAGAAAAAGGACAGCGCCAAGACCAGAAGACCUAGCAAGAUACCGCUGAAAAGUUAUACGGCACCAAAACCACCUGGAGGUAAACACAGUCCGGCACCAGGCACACGUAGCCGUAGCGGCGAUUCACCCGGUAGACCUAAUUCUGCACAGUCUUGGAGGAACAAUAAGAGCGAGGGUAACAGCCUCAACGGUUCCAAAGCCAAUAAUUCCCUGCCUAAGUCCAGGAAUAAUUCUUUAGUGACUACGAAAGAUUCCCUCUCCGGGAAGCUGCGUUCCAGCGAUUCGUUCCAAAAGCUGAGCACCAACGGGUCCAAUACGUUCGCCAGAAGCGUGACGAUGAAGAAGACUGCUACCAGUACACCGAUAAAAAAGGAUACAUCUAUGAGUGAAAAGAUUCAAGACUUAAAUUCAGUAAAAGAAAAAUCUCAGUCUCCAUGGAUUCUCUCUUCAUAUAGUACCAAUCAGGAUUUGGCCUACCCGGAUUCGUUAGAUAAAAACAAUUUCGUGCAACAGUCGACCACCGACAGUUCGACGAGCUUCCGUUUCCAGACGGCCAACACGUUUCUGUGGCACACCGGCCUACCGCGGGAAAGAAACGAAUAUUACGACAGCAUCGACACCAACAUGGCUUCCAGCAUGUUCCACAACGGCGAGGAAAUGGCGGAAUGCGAUUCGCUCGAAGGGCAGCUGUCGGAUUUUUUAGGAAAAAAAUAA